AUUCAGAAAACCAGACCAGUAGAUGUGUGUAAAUAAUAAGUCACGUGCAACCCCAAUAACACGUGACAGUAAAAGCCUUUCAUAUACAACACAUGACGGGAGAGCCGAUGUUGGAGGUGGUAUUUUGGAAGAGAUGAGAUUGAGAUGCAUCCACCCUCUGCUCUCAUGUCUCAUCAACUCCAACUAUGGCCUCUUAUCAAGCAAAGGCAACUUCUCUUGGUGGAGCAGCAAAGCAAAAGAAAAAUGAGACUCAGCUAGGGCCAGAUUUGAUUGACAAUAAUCUUGUUUUUGUUUCAAUUUAUAUGUCUUUUAUUUAUUGGAUGGAUUUGGUUUUGUGCUGAUUUCAUUUGGUAAUUUGUUUUGUGUUGUAAUUAAGUUGUCAAGCAUGUUGUGUUAUGGGAUUUUUACUCUAUUUGAUUGAUAUAGUGUGACUCUUAUCAAUUUGAAAUGUAAUUUUUGUAAUUCCUUUUGUGUUUGAUAUAUUUUUGUGAUUUCAAAUUCCCUUUGCUUUGCUGACUUGAGCAUUGAAUUGAAGCACACUCUGGCAGCCCUUCAUCGUCGGCCUUGUUUCACUUUUUGAACGGUAAAGAGUGUUCGGUUUAGGAAUCAUCAAAACAGAAGAGGCAGGGCAUGGUGGAAAAUUAUAGCUUUAAAGUAAUUGCUCAGCUCUCAUGAAUUCCUGGUAAGUAUAUUUUGACUUGUUUACUGCAUUUCAUUCUCUUCAUUUUUUCUUUUGCUUGUUCCCUAAAGUUUUAUUGGUUGGUUAUUUGAUGGUAAUUGUAUUAAGUAGGCCAAAAUUUUCAAAAAGUAAGUUUAGCGGAAUUGUGGAUAAUAAGAUUGGUUAAUAUCUAUGGAUAAGACACCAUUUUUCUUUUAUUAUUCCAUUUCACUUUCUUCAUUUUUUUCUUAAUUUUGGGUUUUAUUGCAUUUUUGUGACCUAUACAUUUUCUUUAUAAAUUGGUUUCUAGGUUUAACUUAAAUUAAGCACCUUUUGAUAGUUGAGUCAAUUAGCUCAAGCUCAAGGUCUUCGUUUCCUUGGGUUUUGGUUGCUUCAAUGCCUAAAUUGUUUCUUACAUACACAUUACUGGAGUGCUUCCAAUAGUUAAACCUUUUCUUUCUAUGGAGCUACAUUUUAUGCUCUUAACUAGCAUAUUUCUUCCUUCUUUCAUUUCACUUGUUGCAGAUGCGUGGAUUUAUGCUCAUGAAGAGGUUGAAGGUGGAGAAGUUGGUGAUAAUGUUGAUGAUGUUAAUUUUAAUGGUGAAGAGAGAUUCUAAUGGUAAAGUUAGUGGGAAAAGGGGGAUAGUUUUCAAUUUGUGGGGCGAAGACAAGUUUGAAGAUGCCAUCAAAUUUUCUUUCUAUGAACCUACCAAAAAUUGUUAUGGAAAGAAACUUCAGUUGAUAGCAGAGAAGCACAAAUAGUGAAAGGUGUUUUCUAUUGAGAAUAAAAAUCAGAUAUAUAUAUAUAUAUAUAUUUAAUGAUAUGAUUCUGACCACUGAUCAAUGAUUGUGAAUUUGUAGAACCCUUCAAUGCCUUCACCUCUUCCUCUUGAACCAGUUGCUCUCAACUAUGUUUGUGAUGAUGCAAUUCAUGAUAUCUCUUGCUACAGUUACUAGACCCACUAAGAAUGUUCAAAUUAUCUUGGGAAUUGCAAAGCAAAGAUAGGGGGAUUGGUCAUGGAAGUUGAAUUUAAUCAGCAGUAGGAGGUAUAUCAAGGAGAUUGAAUUGACACAUGUAGACUUUUACAAUUUUCACUCAUGUUUUCUUUGGAACAUACGGCACAGGAAGUGAAGCAAAAUAGAGGCUUUAGCAAGAGGUAACUUGCAUUUGAUGUUAUGUUUUGUUGAUUACUCAUCAUAUCCACGUAGUGGUCUGUUUCUGUUGCCUUUGAUGGUCUAUUAGCCUUUCAUUCAUGCCAUGACAGUCUAGAAUUUUUUAUUUUUUGUUUUGCAGAUCGACCACCAUUUGCCUCAGUUGUUCAUAAUGAUAUACUGAUUUAUCUAGAAAAGUUGAUGUACAUUACCUUUUCAUCAUUCUUAGGAUUGGUUUAGUGCUUUUUCUGGAAUGUCACAGCUGCUACUGUAGCAUACAUCAAAGGGGAUGGAUGGAGGCCAGGCGGUAAUGAGACUGCUUCGGUGAAUACCUAUCCAAUCCAAGAAGCAUCAUACUGGGGAAUUGGAUCUGGUCUUGCCAUCAUGGAGAUAGUUUGCAACAUCUUACAAAAACGAAAGAUCAACCACCAUAGUUUUGAAAUUGUCAGAAAAUUAGAAAGAUGCUCAUAUCUGUUUAUGGUGAAUGGAAGGGCAAACUCUUGACAAGGAAUAGAGAUCUUAUCUUGAAAAUUUUAUUGAUUGUUUUCACUGGUGCUUACUUACCGGGACUAAAUGAUACGUGGAAUGAUAUUUUGUAUGCAUAUUUGUUGAACGGUUGUGAAAAUCUUGGUGAUCUGAACUCCUUGGAAAUUAAGAAGGCUUGCAACCAUCCAAAUCUGCCGCCCCUCGUAAUUUGUUAGGCCUAGUUAAUUUGGUUAAUUUGCGUCAAACUUCAAUUUUUUCUUCAAAAGCCUAAAGGUGCAUCAUCUUCGAUCUUGGUUUUUUUAAUUAGUUCUCUUUAAAGUAUAUACAAACACAAUGAAAACAUCAAAGUUUU